UAUAAUAUAAAUAUUACGAUUUACGAAUUUACGAUUACGAGUUGAAACUAAUAAUUACUAAUUAGUAAUUAGUAGUUGGUACUUUAACCUUAGUACUAUUACUUAAAAAUACUUAAUUUUUGAUAAAAGCUAUUCUUUUUUUUAUAAUUUCCAAAUCAUUAGGGUCGAGUUUAAUAAUAUUAUGAUGACGACGAUAUCCAAGGGCGUAGAAAAUUGUAUUCGUAUGAAAUUACAAAAACGAUUCAAUCCAAAAGUGUUGCAACUCAUCAACGAGUCACAUAUGCACAAUGUACCAAAAGACUCAGAAACUCAUUUCAAAGUCGUCAUUGUAUCCGAUGAAUUCGAAGGCAUGCCCUUGAUCAAGAGACACCGUUUGGUAAACACAGAAUUGACGGAUGAGCUCAAAUCCGGUGUACACGCUUUGUCUAUAGUGGCCAAAUCUCCGAACCAAUGGAAAGACGAACCGGUCAAAAGUAGUCCCAGUUGUCGAGGUGGUUUUGGAAAGUAAACUUUAUCAGUACUAGAAUUCGAAGAGGAGGUUUACCUUUUACCAAGUGUCAUGGAUCAGUUAUAUAUUUUAUAAUAAUUUAUACUCGUAUUUUACAUGACAUUACACAUUACUCAUGGACGUUUGUAAAUUGGAUUGAUAAUACUUGAAACAUCAAUAUGUUCGCUUAUAUUUAUGUAAAAAUAAUUAUAGAAAAUCAUUAAAUUGA